GAUCUUAGCGCACGUAGCGGUGUAAAUUAGAACUUCAAUGGCGCUAGGGGCUUUUGGAACUUUUCUGCUACGUUUAUGUUUAGAUUGUAAAAGAAAACAAUAACAGGCAACUCGAUGAAAUUUGGAGAUUUGGUUGAACACUUCUCCGCCAGAGAGGCCGUGUGCGCCAAGGGAAGUCCAUAACGCAUUGGUUUGUUGGAAGAAAACUCCCACCUGCACAAUGCCUCUCAACUCAGAUAUAUCGACUGCUUUGCAACUGUUGGAACACAUUCAGCACACCAUCAAUUCAAGUGAUGAUGUGAAACUUCAGUCUCAAACCACAGAUGAUCUUAAUCUCUUGAUAUCUGUCCUAGAAAACCCCAUUUUUCGAAGUAUUGUUACUAUUCAGGAUUCACUCACUGAUCUAAAUCAACAACUCCAAGACCACCCAUCAAUUCUGCCUGUUGAUUUUGAUAUUGCUCCAACUGGAGAGCUAGUCCUUAAUGUCCCAAGAGAACCGGAUCUGUACUACCUGCAUCAUGGAUCUCAAGAGUUGGAUGACCAACGUGUGCCCCAGCUCUCCCAUAGCAGUUCUGGGGAUACCAAUUCUCCCCCACAGAUGCACUUGGUCCACAGUCCGGAUGGAACCCAGCCUCCCAUCACCACAUCAACAUAUGCCCUAGAGUUUCAAAAGGCAAUUGAGCAGUCAUCACAUGGCAGGCAGAUUCUUUUUAUUCAGCUUUUUAAGCCUGAAAAUACCAGUCUUGGAUUCAGCGUCGUCGGAUUACGAAGUGAAGACAGAGGAGAGCUUGGAAUAUUUGUUCAGGAUAUCCAGAUAGGAGGCAUUGCAGGACGUGUCGCUGUGCACGACCCCGCAUGAGGAAUGGGGAUUCGG